UCCACUUCUUUGAUUAUUGUUUCUAUCUGGGAAAGCUGGAGGAGCAUGGUUUUGAGCCUUUUCCUGAAUGCAAGUUUUUCUAGCAUGCGAGGGUUCCGUAGACGAGGCGCUGUGGCGGGGAGUCGCGGCGAUCCUGUCCGCUGGGAGCGACUCCCAAGUCCAGCAAAAUAUGCAACUGGUUUUAUGGAGAAAAAAAAAAAGCGAUGUGAAGUAUGGUGCCUAUUUUUUCCCCCUCUGUAAACAUUAAAAGCAUGUUUCUAACUCUUUUUUUUUGUUUUUGCAUACUCUUUUUUUCUGAUAAGAUUUUUGUCUAGGUGGGAUUUUACGGCAGUGUUUACAAGUUUGUGGUUUUGCAAUCCUGAUACAAACCACUGAGUAAAGAUCUUAAUUUUCUAUUUUUUGGUGUCCUUUUUGGAAGCCGGUGAGAACAAAUUCGAUUUUUUUUUCCUUUCUGUUUUUGAUACCCAUUGAUAACAUGAAACUUUUCUUGCAGCUGGUUACUGGGUUUAUUUUUAAGCAAAAAAAUACUUUUUUCCCCUCCUUUAAAUUAACUAUGACUUUUGCACAUUUGACUUUUUUAAGAAAAGAAAAACCGAGAUAAUUUUAUGAUAGAUAUCCUGAUAUCUAUAUCUAUAUUAUCCCUUCUUCCUCCCCUUCUCCUCCCCGUAAAUCAAUUUUCAAAUGAUGGCAGUGGAAGGUUUUUCUGGAGAAAAAAAAAAAUGAAGUGCGGUUUGGUUUCCUUGUCAACGGAGGAUGAAGUGAACAGCUGAGCAGCUCGCAGAGAGCAGGACUAAAAUCCGGUGAGCCAACCAUGACUGGCAAAACCCAGACCAGCAACGUCACCAAUAAGAAUGACCCCAAGUCCAUCAACUCCCGUGUUUUCAUCGGCAAUCUAAAUACAGCCAUUGUCAAGAAAGGUGACAUUGAAGCCAUUUUUUCAAAAUAUGGAAAAAUAGUUGGAUGUUCAGUCCACAAAGGAUAUGCAUUUGUCCAGUACAUGAGUGAGCGGCAUGCAAGAGCUGCAGUGGCCGGAGAAAAUGCCAGGAUCAUCGCAGGUCAACCGCUCGAUAUCAACAUGGCAGGAGAACCCAAACCAUACAGACCAAAACCGGGAAACAAGAGGCCCCUUUCUGCACUUUAUAGACUUGAAUCAAAGGAGCCUUUCUUGUCAGUCGGCGGUUACGUCUUUGACUAUGAUUACUACAGAGAUGAUUUCUACAACAGGUUAUUUGAUUACCACGGCCGUGUGCCUCCACCCCCCCGGGCGGUGAUCCCACUGAAGCGCCCCAGAGUGACCGUGGCCACCACCCGCAGAGGAAAAGGCGUCUUCUCCAUGAAGGGGGGGUCGCGGUCUGCUGUCAGUGGAUCCUCUUCUUCGGGCUCCAAAUUGAAAUCAGAUGAGUUACAGACAAUCAAGAAAGAAUUAACCCAGAUCAAAACGAAAAUUGACUCCUUGCUAGGACGCCUGGAAAAGAUUGAGAAGCAGCAGAAGGCAGAAGCAGAAGCUCAGAAGAAGCAGUUGGAAGAGACGGUAGAGCUGAUCCAAGAAGAAAGCGUGUCGGAGAACGCAGAUCACUCCACGGAGGAGCCGGCUGAAGGAGGGCCGGACGCGGAUGGUGAAGAGAUGACUGAUGGGAUAGAGGAGGACUUCGAGGAAGAUGGGGGUCACGCGCUGUUUCUACAGAUAAAGUGAUCUGAAGUAUUGAAAGAAGAAAAAGAGAAAUUCUGACCAACCCAGAGUCGUGAAGGGAGUUUCUUACCAGAAAGCAGCAUCUUCAGUUCAAUUUAUAUAGAAACUCAUAUAAGUUAAUUGGACAGUAUUGUUCAAUCUUAGAAAUUUCAUUUCUUCUAUGUUCUAAGCUGUAUAACUGUCAAGUUUUUAAUGGGUCAGAUUGUAAUGUGUUUC